ACCCCGCAGCACUCGGCCUCAACCACGAACGUCUAUCUCAACCGUGGCCGGCUCAUUUCUGGACCUUUCUUCUCUGUAAUUACAUACUGACUUGCAAGUGUUCAAGUUACCCCAUUCGGUAUAUCAGGUCAUCUGUCGCGCUUGGAUCAACAUGUCACCUGCUCCAAUCGACCAGACUGUUAGUACCUUGCCCUCGUCGCCACCACAGCAGCACCCCACUCCCAACUCGACACCUAUUCCUGCUUCCAAACACUUUGAUGAUAUAUUCCAUGCCAAGUUCAUGAACAUUAUUCAGGAAUGGAAAAAUGACCCCUCUCGUGGCCAACUUACCCAAAAGGAUCGCAAGACUUUCAUCGAGACUGCGUUUUCCGAAACUGACGAGCUCUACUUUGGCCAACGCGUAAUGUCCGACAAUGACAUUAAGCUUCGCGCUCUUACCAAAGUCUUCUACAAGGUAUUAGCCGAAGAGCCCUGGUCUGAAGACUGGAUACGCGCUCCGGAUGUUGAGCGCAAGCUUUCCAAGUUUGAGAUGCACGAGGACUCGGUUGCACUUGCAAAGAGAUACGGCUUUACCACUCCACGCGAGGCGGUCAAGGCUGCACGUGAAGCCAGUGUCAAGAAUGCCGAUAUUCUCAAGGAGGCGCAAAAAGAAGGAAAGAUAGUCAAAGAUCUCAAGCUCGACCGUGGCCCGUUUGACGACAUUGAGAUUGUGUAUAUUGCCGGCACAGUCUCAUCAUCAGCGACAAGCAAGAUUGAUCGCAAUAGCAUCUACCCUGUCUCAGUAUCCUCGGUCGCCAAUGUUCUCCAGAACCAUAUUUGUCGGGACAUGGUGCGGCCCUACUCGAUGGCUGAGCGCUUUGUCAACUGCACUGACACAAGGGAUCUUGAGGAAAUGCGACGAUUUGCUUGCAACGUGUGCGACUUUUGUCCCCAUCUCCUUGAUAACGAUAAUGUCAGUUUGCUGGUAGUGCUCCUCAUCCUUUCGCGGUCCGAUUGUUGUCGCCGUUUUGAGGCCAAUGGCAUCCGUAUUGAGGGCUCGACCAUCAGUCAUCGUAAGGCCGAGUGUAUGAAAAACAAGAUGGGAUGGAGGACAAGCGAGGACAAGAAGCCCUACGACAAUUUUGCUCAGGAAUUCCAGACACGCGUCAAGAAUGCCUGCUUCCCAGCUCCUCGAGCUCAGCGAAUUGGCGGCCGGAAGCCUGCGCGCACUUCUUCCACUCCUACAACCACUCCCAUCUACCUUCACAGUCCAGUCGGCUACAUGGCAGCUCCUCACGCCUAUCAACACCACGCCAACGCCGGCAUCAAUAUUCCUGCCCCGCCACCCUACAAUGGAUUAUCGCAGACAGCACCCAACACGAUGAAGAUGCAGCAGCCUUUUGCAUCGCCUGGUGGCAGUAAUGCAGAGCCCAUGGAUCUUUCUUAGAUGCAUCAGUGUCUAUUGCAUAGAGGCGCUACCCCUUCUCCUUGGACUGUCUUAAUGCAUCGAUAUGGCGUCUUCCUGGUAGUUUGUAGCUUCUUCAAAAGGGAUAUUCAAAUGGCGUUUGGUAGUUGAAGGGCGGUUGAGCAUUCGUAGCGGUGGCAUUAUGCGAGCUCCGGUUUGACUUGAGCCACUUUGAUGUACAAUAGCCGAA